CACCGAUACAACGAUAGUAGUGUUAUAGUUACAGUGUUAGGCUUAACAUAAUCAAUAAACUUUGUAAGCAGUAACUUUCAAGUAUUCUCAUUCGUGUUUAGAUGAAAAUGAAAUUCUUAAUUUUGGCAUAAAGCAAUAAUUUAAUAUUUGAAAUAAUAAUUAAUUUAAUAAAAAUUAUCAUUGUGGGAGUAUGUAAGUACACGUGAUGGGCUGUGAAACAUAUAAAAAUUAUAGUUCUACUGCUACUAGUUCUAGUACUACUGCUGCAAUUCAUCAUCUUUACAUUUUACUGUUUUAGUCCUUGGAUUUGGAAGUUGGAAUGUUGAAUAAUGGAUUCUUGGAAGUUGGAGUUAGAAGUUAGGCGAUAACUUAAGGGGAGUUACUUAGAUAAUGGAAAGGACAUGGACUUGGUGUACUUAGAUAUUUCAAAGAGAUUUUGAUAAUGUGCCACUCAAAACAUUAGCUAAGCAACUCGUAUUGGUUGGAGAAAGACUAAUACAUUGGAUUGUAUGAUGGUUGGAUGAGAGAAAAGAAAAUUUGUUAUUAAUGAAGUCCUAUCACGCUACAUCAUUGUUACUAGUGGGGUGCCUGAAAGAGAAUUAUUGGAGUGCGCUGCAUGGACUAAAAGUAUAAUUAGGAGAAUUUUUGAACAGGACUGUUUUGUGCUGAAUUCGUUUACAUGAUGUUAUUUAAUACAGGUUUUUGUUCAUUGCCAUGGAGAUCACAUGAACACCUUCCGUAGAUAUGGAAUCUGCUGUGUAGCCAUCUUAAGUAGAAAUAGAAAGGUGUUCAUUUAGAACACCAGACUCAUUUAUUUGUCAUAGUUGUAAAUGCAUUUAGCUGCAAUAACAAAGUUUGAGUUUGAGAGGACCAACAUCAGAGUCCUGAAGGCUGUGUCACUUGCUGGAGAUGGCCAAAAAGUGUGAUGUGCCUCGAACCUUCAAUAUUGCUGUCGUAGGGCUUUCAGGUACAGAGAAAGAGAAAGGAAGCACAGGAGUAGGAAAGUCAUGUCUGUGUAACCGUUUUGUUCGACAUCUUGCUGAUGAUUAUUAUGUGGACCAUAUAUCAGUGCUGAGUCAGACAGAUUUUAGUGGACGGGUAGUAAACAAUGAUCACUUUUUAUACUGGGGUGAAGUAACUAAAACAUCUGAUGAAGGAGUAGACUUUCAUUUCAAUGUAGUUGAGCAAACAGAAUUCAUUGAUGAUUCAUCAUUUCAACCCUUCAAGAGUGGUAAAACUGAUCCUUAUUAUAAAAGAUGUAGUACCACGAAACUCACAUCUGCUGAGAAGCUGAUGUACAUCUGUAAAAACCAAUUGGGAAUUGAAAAAGAAUAUGAACAGAAAAUGAUUCCAGAAGGGAAACUGAAUAUAGAUGGGUUUGUGUGUGUGUUUGAUGUGUCUAAUGUGCCAGGACGUACUAUUGAAAAACAGGUGGAAUUUACCAGCCUUAUCUUAAACAAUUUGUGGAAGACAAAGAAACCAAUUGUGCUGGUUACCACCAAAAAUGAUGAAGCUAGGGAAAGUUAUAUCAAGGAAGCUGAACGUCUUGUAACUAGAAAAGAAUAUAAAGGAAACAUUCCAACUAUAGAGACAUCAUCCCAUGAAAAUGUCAAUGUUGAUUUAGCAUUUUUUGUACUUGCUCAGAUGAUUGAUAGGACCAAAGGUAAGUCCAAAGUUGUUCCAUUUAUUGAAGCUGCACAGCGAAGGAAAGAAGUGUUGGAUGUGGCAACAGAGGCUUAUCAAUCAGUGAUACGUGCUCAGGUAACAGACUAUAAAGCUGUGUGGAGUAAUGUGAGCAAAAGGUUUGCUCAAAACUCAGAUUUUCUUCAUUACUGUGACUUGUUUGGUCAUGGUGAUGCUCAGAAAAUGUUCAUGCGCCAUGUGAAGAAACUCAAAGAGGAGUACAUUAGAAGGAAAAUGCAGAUGUACAUAAAGAUACUGCCAGAGGUACUUAGUGAGCUCCUUCCAGACCUUCAAAGUUUAGGUGAUGGUGACUGGAGAAAUGUGAGGGUCAAGAUCCAGCAACAUCCAGACUUUAGUCAGUAUUUUCUUGAGAGUCCUGAUGAACACUCCUGGCAGGAAAGUGACUUAGUAGAUAGUACAGAAACCCGAAUUCCUCAGGAUAUUUUAGACACUUCUGAGGCAGAAACUUGCUUUCAAGAACACAAGGCAUCACUAGAGGCUGAUGAGAAGAGGAAAGAAAUGCGGAAGCAGUUUAAGCAGUUACUAGAAGAAACUGGGUACGUAACUCCUGGCAAAACACUUUCUGAAGUUCGGGUUUUGUUUAUGGGAAGAGAGUGUUUUGAAGCUCUCUCAGAGUCUAAUUUACAAGAGAUUUAUGAUGAACACCAAAAGGAGAUUACAGAACGAGCAAAGCAAAAUUUCCAAGAACUUUUAUUAGAAAAUGCAGAAAUUUUUUACCAUUUUACAAGUAUAGGACCAGGUAGUGUAAUUACCCAAGAAGACAUCAGCAAGAUUACAGAAACUUUAAGGGAAGACUCUAGGUAUAAAGCUUUAGAUAGGCUGGACCAAGAAAGGAUGCUAAUGCUUCUUCGACAUCUAGGCUUUGUACAUGGACCCAUAAAAGAACAUUGUCCAGCUUUUCCAAACUGUAUGGAUAAUCUUAUUGAAAAAGUCAUAGCUCAAAAAGCACAUAGGCCUUCAUCUUGGAGUCGAAAUAGCCAGUGGCUUCUCGAGUCAGAAAACAAUCAGCUUAACCUAGUCUUAUUAGGCUCUGGUGGUAUAGCAGAUGAACUAGCUAACACCAUUAGGGCCUACUGUACAGAUGACAUUUUUGAAAUGGAAAAAAUUCAGUAUACGUUAGAUUUUAGAAUUAUUGACGGUGAUGUUGGUUUGCCACACAACUCCUUUCGAACAUCAGCUUUUCUUCCACAUGGAUGUUUUUGUGUGUACUCUAACCAUCAAACAUUAGAAUACAUUCGUGAAAGUUUGGAGAAAACCUUACUUUCCAAUCUAGAACAAGAGGACAGGUUGCCUUUUCAUGGAUUGCCUAUUGUUAUUCUUUUUGCUGCUGAUGCUAGUAUAAAUGAGAAAGAUCUGACUUUCCUUCGUGAAGAAGGUCAGAAUAGGGCUAAAAGCCUGCAGUGCCCAUUUAUUGAUGUAAGUAACAGUGCCUCUGAUACUGAAGAGCGGUUUGAUGAACCUAAGCUUCUCAAAGCUUUACAUUCCCUCAUAGAAAGCAUUCAGAGAAGAGCUGACUUGUUACAAAUCUACCAUACCCUUCCUGAACAGGCUGCCAACCCUGACAUUAGGAUCAUCAUGUGCAUGCUGUGUGGAGAUCCUUACACUGUUGAACAUGUCCUUGGGCCACUACUUAGUCACCAGUGCUGUUUCUUUUCUUCCCCUUACACUAUUACAUUAGAAACUUAUCUGGGAGACUGCAAACGAAGUGUUGAGGUACGGGUCACUUCCUACCAUGGGGCCAAUGCUUUCAGAGAAGAACUUGUUCAUGGGUUCAUUCUGGUUUAUUCCACUAAAAGAAAAGCUUCGCUUAGUACCUUAAGUGCAUUUUCAAUGAACAUUCCAAACAUCCCAGUCCAGAUUUUGGCUGUCACAGAAACAGGUAGUGCAAAUGCUUUUUUCUCAAGUGAUCUGUCACAUCAGCUAAUAACAGAAGGAAAUGCUAUAGCUGAUAAAUUACAAGCUCAUUUUAUGACUUCGGUGUCCACAUGCCAACAGAAAACUGCAUUCUACACACCAUUUUUCAAGGAGGUGUCAGAGAGGAAGCCUCAAAUAGAAAAAGCCUUCAGCAUGGAUGAUUCUGAUUACUCCUUAGAAAGCUUCACACCUGUACCUCCCCCAGUUCCUUCUCGACAAGAGUCCUAUCAUAUACGAAGUGGAUCACUAGAAGAUGGGGUGGAUUCUGAAGGUGUAUAUGAACAGUUGCCAAUGGACAGUGGUCAUGGUCAUGAAGAUGAAACAAUUUCUCCCACUUCUUAUUUAGAUGACCCUCCUUUAAGCCCUAGUGAUGAGAGUGAUUUAUACACUAAUGUAUGUAACCAGGAAAAUGGUGAACAUUUAGUCAAACCUAGCCAGUUAAAAAAUAGAAGAAGUUUUCAGGCAGACCUCUAUCACCAGUCUUUUCCUAGCACAGAAUCUCUUGACCGAGCUGUCACAGUAAAAUCACGAGAUUCUGCUCCUCCUUUACCUCUCCCCCUCUCUCGAUUUGAUAGAGAAUCUCACACAGGCAUAGAUCUCACAUUCCCUCCCCCUCCACUUUCCACAUUCACAGGAACUGUAGCCUCUCCUUCAUCCUAUCAGACUCAAGUCCAUUAUUCUCCUUGUCUCUCUUCUAAUCAGUAUCCCCUUGUCCCAGGAUCAGCCCACCCUUCUCUCUAUGCUACAGGAAGGAGAAGGCCUGGUGCUCAUGAUCCCAAGUCCUCUCCAUUUCCCCAGUAUUCUUUAAAGAAAAUGGAGCGAGGCAAGAAAAAUGAGUUAGGAAUUCCUUCUGCUCCAUCAGCCCCCAGCCUAGCUUCUACACAGCCUGGACCAGCUGAUGACUUGGAUGCCUCAGACAGCGUUACUGAUGAUGAUGAUACGUUGUCAUCAGGCUUCAGUGGCUAUGGGACCUAUCCCCCACCUCCAGAACCUGCCCCUCCUGAUCUCCUUCCAUCUCAUAUAAGGAGGGGACCCUCUAUUCCAGUGGGACACCAUGCUUCUCGUACCAGUUUGGAUGAGGUGUCGCCUCUCUACCUUGUUGCUGGAAUCAUGGGCUAUUCUUUUGAAACUGAUGAUGGGGGAUCACAGGAUUCUUUAAACAGAGAACCAGGUUGGAUAGACAACAGGAUAUUUGAACAGGAAUUAAGAGCACGGGAAUGGCUUGAUAAUGAGGUGUAUCACACGUAUCAUUCUAGACAUCACAAGACUCCACCACCUCUUAAACCUAAGCCAGGGAAACAAAAGCCAGGAAAGUUAAACCUUCAGCAGUUCAAUAACAUUACUGAUGCUAUUGCAAAGUUUAACCUGACUGCUCAGAGAGGUGGAAGCUCGCAUACCAAGGUUGGCAUGUUACCUGCCCCCUUAGCUACCCCAGAGAGCAUAGAUUUAGCUAGUGAUUAUGCACAAGUCAAGGACACUGUACCCUUGUGUGCUACAGAUUCUAGUGAAUAUGCUUAUGCUGUAGUUCACAAUGCUUUACCUGACAGCAAGCCUCACCGAGUCAGAUCCUUGGGACGCAGACAUGGGAAUAAAGAAGCUUUUGAAAGAGCUGGCUCUGACUCAGACAGUGAUUGGAGUUCUCUAGAGCGAAUGCACAGAGAUGUUCAUAGUCGAGUGAACCGUAAAUCUACUCCUUACAAGAAAAUGCGCAAAAAGCGUGGUGUUCCUGUUGCCCCACCUCGUGUUCCAUCUUUUGAGGGACCAGCUCCCCCACUUCCCCCUCUUCCUGGGGGAGAGAGGAUGAUGGGCACCAAGUCCCUCAACCCACUAAAUAAAGUACGUGGAAGAGGGGGGAAGUCCCCCUCAGAUGACAGUGACUUGUCAGAUGAUGAGGAGCCUUUCUUCAAAAGCACCCCCCGUCCUAAAUACAAACAUAAGCGGUCAUUCCGCUCAAGGCGCAGGAAGCAACAACUGCAGGCUCUGCAACAGUCACAACUACUCCCUCAGCAGCAGCAACCACCUUAUCUUGCGGGAUCUCUCCAGUUCAGUGCACUAACACCCGAUAGUGACAUUUUCUCUCUCUCAUCAAAACUCAAGAUUGAAAGUUCUCUCUGUAUGCCUCCUCCAGAUGAAAAUUCAGGAUAUGAGUUGGUAUCACCAAAAGAUCCAGCAGUAAUGAUGCGGAAAUCUGGAAUGAUCAAAGAUGGGGAGAAGACAUCCAGGAAGAAGGAUAAGAAACUUCGGGAAGAUGAAAAGUUAGAGAAACGUCGAUUGAAGGAAGAGAAGCGGCUUACAGAAAAAAAGAAAAAGAAAACGGCCCAGGGAAAGGGAGGAAACGUAAAUCAGACAAUUCAAGGACUGGAAAGCUUUGCCCAAUCAGAAGAUAAUCAAAUCCCACUAUUUGUGGAAAAGUGCAUCAGGUUUAUAGAGGAAGAAGGGCUAGACUCUGAAGGUAUUUACAGAGUGCCAGGAAACAGAGCUCAUAUGGACCAGUUAUAUCAGAAGUUUGAUGAAGAUCCACAGGUUUCGAUAAGAGAUCUUGAUAUUCCUGUUAAUGCUGUUGCUACAGCCCUAAAAGAUUUCUUCUCCAAAAGGUUGCCACCCCUCUUUUCUGUCUCUGUUAUGGAAGAACUGAGUGAAAUAUCAAAUGUUCAAGACAGGAGCUGUCGUCUUUUUGCCCUUCGUGAUCUCCUCAAAAAGAUACCAAGAGCAAAUUUUGAAGUUUUGAAAUUUGUCUUUCAGCAUUUUGUUAGGGUGGCUGAGAACUGCCGACUGAACAGCAUGGACAGCAAAAAUCUGGCUAUCUGCUGGUGGCCCACACUUUUGCCUCUAGAGUUCAAUGAUAUGGGAAUGUUUGAAAGAAUGAGGCCACACUUAGAAGACUUAGUGCAAACAAUGAUUGAUCAGUUUCGCUUCCUAUUUUGUGGAGAGGAGGAGGUAGUCAUGGUGUGAUGAUAGUGUCAAUCAUAACUUUUGAUUAAAGUCUUUAUAGUCAUUUGCUCGGAAGAUUUUGUAAAGAGUUUCUUGCUAGCAAGACCUGAGGAAAGUCUGCUACACAAUAACUUUUGACAUUUUCCUCCAAAGAAGUUGCAUAAUGUAACCUGUUAAGGUGCUGAAGAGCUAUUGUUAAGUACUGUAUUGGUGCAAAAUAUUUGUGCAAAGCACAGGAAAUACGUCAACCAUUUCCGAAUAGUGAAAGAAAUGGUCAUAUCAGUACGUAAUAUCCUUCCUCUGUAAUAAGUCUCAAGCAAGAUUAUAACCUCUUUACUGUUGUUUCAGUGACAGUCUCCAAUGUAGAACAUUGUCCCUCUAUCAUCAACAAAGAAUAUAAUGCACAGAUUCUACCACCAAACUGUGUGGACUUCCAUCUAUAGAGGUAGUGUGUACUUUCUCAGUGUUGAACAAUCAAGUUGUAUUUUGCUGCAUGGUUAUAACUUUUUUUUUUUUUUAAAAAAGCACAAUUAUUUAAGUAACUGAUGAAAACCUAACAAAUGGAAAAAUUAUCUAACACUACAUACCCAACUUUUUUUUUCUGUGCAGAUGUAACCUUUAACAUUUUGUGAACAAACUUUAGAUAGUCACAGCAUAGAAAAGAAUACCUUUCUACUUGUACUCCCAGCUUUGUGUAGAGAUUGCUAAUGUACAGUUGUGUACAAACCAGUCUAACAUCAUACUAGUACGUUUUAUAAAGUGUACAAUGCUCAUUUUGUCCGAGAAAAAGUAUUAGAUAUCUCAUAGCUCAGUUAAUUUCUGUGACAAGUUCCUUUAUUGUAAAUAGAUAGAUUUAUCUUUUCUGUUGCCCUGUCCACCACCCACUUUACAUUGAAUUCAGAAGCAAAGUUAUAACAUUUUUCCCACAAAUAAGCAAGAAAAUGUUUUUUUGAACAAAUUUAUUGGAUAAAAAGUUUUGUAGCUGUUAUGUCUUUUCAGAAUCUCUGCUUCCUUUUACUUAAAGCUAGAUGUGAUAUAAGGAUUGAAAGUAUUAGUGAUGAUAAGUAAAAAUGUUGGUAAUGCUUGUAUUUCAAUGACAGUUCUGUGUAAUCACAUCCUAUCUUUAACUGCAAUCACAUGACUGCAUGUGUGUGCAUGUAUAAAAAGACUAAAUUAUUCUUUCUGUAAAUCAAUAUUCAAAUAUAUUUGCAUUUUUUUUAUCUGCAAUUGUUUUUUAAUGCUAACUUUUUGAUAAAAUAACAUGUCUGUCAAUAAACAUUUAUUUUGUUCUAGCUGAGAUUAAUGUAAAGCCAGAUAGAAAGGAACUAACCACUGUACUAGUAUUCUUGAUGAAAUUUAUUUAUAGGGCUACGCUCCAAGUUCGUUAAAAUGAUUUUUGAGGAAUGUAAUCGUUUUCUUGUGAAUUUCAACCAUUCAAAACUUUAGUAUCUGUACACUAGUCUUGCAACUCCCCCCCCCCCCCAAAAAAAAAAAAAAGUUUACACAUGUAUGAGUUGCUGCUCAGUUCCUUUAUCCUGUCUGGUCCAGUUGUUGGGGUCAUAUAUAAUUGUACUUUGCAACACCUGACAGCAGCAUCAAUUUUUCCAGAAAGUUCCAAUGUUGCAUUUAAAUAAAUUCUGGAGUGGUUACUUUACUUUGUUGUACAUUUAAGUCACUUGUGAUAAUGAUGUAAAUUUCAGUUGUGUACAGACUGAUAAGAUAUCUUUAUUGUGUUCUGGCCAAACUUAUAGAUAUCCGUGUAGCUCUGUAUUCUACUCAACCUUGUAAUCAUUGUGGUAUGGCUGUAGUACUAGUCUGUAAUGGCAGACUUUGCCUACUACAGGCCGUUCCAAUAAAGAUGGCUGUCAACAGUAAUA